UUUUGGGUCGGAAAAGAAUCUCUUAAGUCUUGGAAACAAAUCAAACUCAAGUCCUUCGAAUACAAUGGCUUUGAUAAAAGCGACAAUUCGGACGAUUCUGUUGAAGUGAUUGAGAACAAUGACACCGACACUGAAAUCUCGUGUCUCAAUGAAGACAUCAUUUGCACUCACGGACAACUGACAGCCGAUGAAAAAAGCAUUUUCCAAACGCUCGAGAAUUCACUAAACAUUGUGCCGUUUGUGAGGAUUAGUGACAAUAAAGUGUUUGAAGUGAUUAAGAGUCAGCAUAAAGAGAUGGCAACUCAACAGAAGCUUAGUUUACCUAAUCUGUUGGCUGAGAGACACCGAUUGGGUUGGGACGACCUCUUGCCUACCUAUCAAUAUUUUGCAUUAAGCAAAAAAUUUCUCAACUCUUGGAAAAAGUUUGUAAAGUCAAAGUUGUUGCGGAGUGUUGAAGCAUUAACUAGACGUAAUGUAGCCUAG